AUGCAGGAGUCUCCAGGUGCUAUGGGUGUAGAUGGCAACUACACCAGCAACGUUCCAGCUUUUCUCACCAAACUGUGGACUCUCGUGGAGGAUCCAGAUACUAACCACUUAAUAUGCUGGAGUGCUACUGGGACCAGUUUUCAUGUAUUUGACCAAGGUCGCUUUGCCAAGGAAGUUCUACCAAAGUACUUUAAACAUAAUAAUAUGGCAAGCUUUGUCCGGCAGCUCAACAUGUAUGGCUUUCGAAAAGUUGUAAAUAUUGAGCAAAGUGGUCUGGUCAAGCCCGAGAGAGACGAUACAGAGUUCCAACAUUUGUACUUCCUCCAGGGACAUGAACAUAUGCUGGAACACAUCAAGAGGAAGGUAUCAAUUGUAAAGAGUGAAGAGACCAAAGUUCGUCAGGAGGACCUCAGCAAACUGCUGUAUGAAGUUCAGCUACUGAGAACACAACAGGACAACAUGGAGUGUCAGAUGCAGGACAUGAAACAGCAGAAUGAGGUUCUGUGGAGAGAGGUGGUUUCACUGAGGCAGAACCACACACAGCAGCAGAAGGUCAUGAACAAGCUAAUUCAGUUUCUGUUCAGUCAGAUGCAAUCCAACACACCUGGCACUGUAAGCAUGAAGAGAAAGCUGCCAUUGAUGUUGGAUGACGGCUCUAUUAGCCCCCCUGCCGGCAAGUUCAGCCAUAGUAAUCCAAUGGAGCCAAUGCAUGAGCCCUUCUACAUUCAGUCGCCAUCCAAUGAUGCUGCUUCAUGUUCUACCGCUGGGCUAACAGGUGGACCGAUCAUAUCAGAUGUAACAGACAUGUCUCAAACCUGCAUGUCCCUCCAGAUGCAGCCUGAUGAGACCAGGGAAAAGUGCCUGAUGCUUAUCAAAGAAGAGCCUGUGAGUCCAGGAGUGAGAGCAGGAGUCAAAGGAGGCAGUGCUGGCGGAGGAGACACUCUAGCAUUGACCGCCUCCUGUGAGGUGUGCUCUUCAGAACCUCCCGUCCUUCCUGUUGCAAUGGUGCAGUCUGUUUUGGAAGGGAGAGGCUCAACUGCCACAAUGACAGAUAGACGGAUUAAGAGAGCCGCUAUGGAAAGAGUGGAGUGUGCUUCUGAUACAGUGGAAAAUAUGGAUAUGACCCUGGAGGAGUUACAGCAGCUGAUACUCAGGAGCCAUCAGCAUAAUAUGUCCCAAAACAUUGCUGCUAUGAAUCCCUUCAGUGUAAACCUUCCUCUGACUGAAUGGAGCUUUAAUGAGAUGGAGACCAACCUCAAAUCAUAUGUGUUCCAUAACCAAGAACCUGAGGCUUUUCCAGCAUCUACUUGUGAAAAACAGUGAUCAGUCUAUGCAGUGAGUGGUCCUUUUUGAAAUGAAAGGCCACGGCCAACUUCACCCUGCAUGAAAUUGAUCCUUCAGGCUGGCCAGACUGUUUAUUGCAUUUGCCUUCUUCGCGAAAAAUAUUCUCAUGGAAUGCAGAAAUGGUCAUAUUUGUACCAAUUGUCCUUUUUUU